UCGCUCUACAAAAUGGUCAUCAAGGGUGUCAAGUCCCGUGUCCCGUUUGUCCCGUUUUUUGGGUGUUUUCACUGGAACGGGAAUUCCCGUUGUCCCGUUUUUAAAAUUUUCACGGGAACGGGAAUUCCCGCUGUCCCGUUUUUGUCAUUUUUACGGGAACGGGACGUCUUUUGUCCCGUUUUUGAGCGUUUUCACGGGAACGGGAUGUCCCGUUGUCCCGUUUUUUGGGUGUUUUCGCGGGAACGGGAAUUCCCGUUGACCCGUUUUUGUAAUUUUUACGGGACACUAACACCCUUGAUGGUCAUUAAGAAGACUGCAUGUUACAUUUACAGAGGUUUAUUUGAUAAUGUUCAAUAUGAGCUCGAUCCAAAAUCAAGUGAGAAAAUAUAUGAAAUUUUAAUGAACGACGGGUGGACGUAUAGAAUAAAAGAACAAAUAAUAGAGAAAUUCAACCUGAUAACUAUGGAUUUCGGAAAGAAAAGGUUGUACAGAGGGAUUCUCGAUAUUUUGAAAGCAAUGCCAAUACAAUCGAUUAAACUUGGAAAGUUGGAUCUAAUUGAAAAUGAUUACAAACAAAGAAGUGAUAAAUCCUCAAUUGACAUUUCAAUGCUUAUUAAAAGUGCACUCAGUGACAACUCCAGAGCAUUACUUCAACAUUUAGACAUUGAGGGAAGAGAGGUUUUAAGCAUCAAUUGGCCUAGAAAGAUAGGAUUGCUACUUCCAUCUCUUGCAAGUCUACAUGUAAAAGGAAGAUCAUUUUUUGUAUUUGAAUUCACUCAACUUUGCAGAAGCUUCCCAAAUCUGAUAUCACUGAAUAUCAGUGGCACAAAUAUUAAAAAUUUGAACGGUAUAUCAGCACUGAAACGUUUGGAGGUUCUGAGUAUGCAAUUCUUGGAAAUUGAAACAACAGAACAUCUGAUUAAUUUAUUCAAUCUAUCCAAUUUGAAAUUUUUAGAUAUCUCUGAUAUUCCAGAAUAUGAUUCAUGUAUAAUCGUUCAUCUUUACGUAGAAUGUGGGAAAGGGCUACCAAAUCUGAAAUUUAUGGAUUGUACUGCAACCGAUAUCAACAAUGAUCUACUUGAAAAAAUACUGAUAUCUCAUCCAAAACUUGAAACGAUUUCAGCUAUUGUCACCAAUUUGCACAGAGUUUCUGAUUCUGGAGUUUGCGUGUUGCAGACGGAUGCUAUCGACUCUGCAGUGACUUCUCUGAUUCAAUGCUCUAGAUUGAACUUACAUUAUUUAGCUGAAAAGUGUUUCUAUGAAAUUCGUGAUCUACUUGAAAGUGGCCAACACUUCAACGCUUCGGAAUUCUUGAGAAAAAUUAUCAACUUGAUUGAAACGAGUUCUUGUCCAAUAAGGAAAAAACAUGGAAUUUCAUAUUUGAUAGAACUUGCAGAACAUCAGUGCCAAAAGCUCACAUUGCUCGAAGUAUCCAUAUUACUCGACACGCUUCUGAAUCAAGUUCUUGAGCUGCCAGAAAUAGAUGAUUAUCUUUCCGAGAAUAAAAGUUACAAUAUUUCCAUGUGGUGCGCCCUCGACAACCUAACAAACUCUGAGAACCAUCAUUUUAACUAUGACAAAAUCUGCUGGGUCGCUGUAAAAUAUCUUGUUACAAAACCAAAUUCACGUGAAACAAGAGCUGUUGAAGUACUUGAAAAGUACUUCAACAGCUCAAUGAGCCGGAUUUGGUUGAUUUCGAUAGCCCGACAAAACAAUUUCAUGAAAAGAAUUGUCAAUAUAUUAGGACGUGGCUUGGGACGCAAUGAAAAAUAUGUUUCAGUUUUGAAUAUUCUCACACCAUUAGUUGAAUGUUGUGACGAAGCAUGCCACAAUUUAGUUGAACACUAUGGACAUCGUAUACUCCUUGUGGAUUUGAAAGAUUGUGAGGAUGAAACAGCACAACUCAAGAUUUUAUAUAUUUCAGUCCAACUUACACGAUUUCAGAAUUAUGAAAUGCUUAAAAUUUUUCAUGACGAUCUGUUCUUUUCCGAUAUUAAAAAAAUGCCAAACCGGUGGGAAGACAACAGAGCAUACCAAGCAUUUUCAUUCCUUGCCCAAUUACAAUUCCUUUCCGAGAGUCAUACAUUUCCACGUGGAUUUUGGAGUUCAGUAGAUACAAUGAUGAUAGAUUGCUUCAAGAAGAUUCUAGAGAAUUGCGCAACUUUCGAUAUCCAUGAGUUCUUUUUCACACGUGGCAUUAUCCAGAAUAUUCUGAAAACCUCAAAAUGCAUUGGACCAGUACUUUGGGCAUUGCUGACAAUUGAGGUAUUGAUUGUUCAGAAAAAGGAUUUAACGUGGAAUAUCAGCAGAUCGGAGUUGUUGGAAUGCAUCGAGCAUAUUCGAGUCGAGAAGGGAAUUGUUAGAAGAAUGACUAGUAAUAUUAUUGAAAUGUUAAAUUCUUGUUGAUCUGUGUUUUUAUUUUCGUUCA